AUGAUUGCUAGUACAUUAACACGUAAUUCAGUUAAUCCUCAUCAAUCAUAUUCAACAAUUAAAAAAGAAGUUGCAACACAAACAUAUGGAAUUUAUUAUCCAAGUGCAAAAGAUAUUGAUUUAAUUAUAACACAAAAUAAAAAAUUAUUAAAUGAAAAAGAAUUAAAAGGAUAUCGUCCAAUAUUAACAUCUACAAGUCCAGGAAAAGGAUAUUGGCGACAACAAUUAGAUCAUAUUUGUGCUCAUUUAAAAACUUAUGCAGUUAAUCGACCAGAUUUUCAAUCAUUGAUUGGUGAAUCACGUAUGGGUAAUAUGAUUCAUGCAACUCUACAUGAAAAUGAAUAUGAAGUAACUAUACAAACAAUAUUUCGUAAACCAGAAAGUCUUUCACAAUCACCAUUUUUUAUUAAUGAAACAAAUGAAUAUUAUCCAAUAAAUAGUGAACGAAGUUCACCAUAUUCAAAUACAAUUUAUUCUGAUAAUGAAUAUCCAAGAGAAAAAUCACAAGGAACAAAAAUAAAACGUCGUAAUAAAAAAGGACCGCGAGGUAAUACAGCAUUAUAUGAAUGUUGUUUAUUAGGACUUGAUGGUGCUGAACCAUUAAGAAUUCUUCUCAAACAUGGAGGUGAUGCAUGUUGGUUAAAUGAUAAAAAUGAAAGUGUUAUUGAUAUAGCAACAAAACAAAAUUGUCCAGAAUUAUUACAAGCUUUUUCUAAAUAUCAAAGUGAAAAAAUGCUUAAAUAA